AUGGCGUCGAUGGCAGCCGCAAUCGCGGCGUCUCUUCCAGCUCCAGCUGCUGCUACUCCCUCGAGUGUAAAGCCGACUUAUGUGGACAUUCAUCCAUCCAUGGCAAAGCUCAUCGAUCCCAUGGGCAACAUUCCCGUCACAGGUGUACAACUAGACGCAAUGGUCGUCUCCAAGAUCAUCAAGCACGGUCGCGAGGCGGCAUUUGGCAGUGGCUCGCUCUUGGGACUCGAUUUUGAUGGCACUCUCGAAGUCUCAAACUCCUUUCCACUCCCAGCCUUUUCAGAGGAAGAGGACAAGGCGGCAAAGAACGUCGCCCAAGCAAACUAUCAGCGAAGGAUGAUUACGUACCUCCGAGAAGUUCAAGGAGAUGAAAGCGUUGUCGGCUUUUAUCAAAUCUCGUCAGUCCCGCUCAGACAGUCAUAUGUCGAGCUUCAGGCUGCCGAUUCUGAACGACUACGGCAAGGAGGCAUCAUCUUAAUCCACGAUCCUUCGCAGUCGACUAGAGGUAUCGCCUCCUUCAAAGCCUUUCGGCUCACCAAAACAUUCCUCGCUGCACAUAAGCAGAAAAAGUUUGCGACGCAAAGCUUGAUCGACCACGGCUUGACAUUCUCAACCAUCUUUGAGGAACUACCGAUUCGGAUACACACAUCCUGUCUGGCCACCGCGUUUUUGAAUACCUGCGCAGCCCCAAGACCACCGACCACCCUUCAAACCAUUGCGGCAAAGUCCAUGAUGGCAGUCCCAGCGCCGUUUACAUCUAUCCCAUCCGACUUUACGCAAUUGGACCUCGGACUACCAUCGACCAUGAUUCGCAAUUUGGAACAAGUGGUCGAGGGCCUCGACAGCUACAAGACGGAAGAGAACAAUGUCGCUUUCCUCUCUCGGCAGAUUGCGCGAGAAAAGGCGAAGGCAGAUGCACACAUCGCAUCCCGUAAAGAGGAAAACGCACGCAGAGUUGCCCAGGGACUACCACCGCUACCAGAGGACGACGUCUCGCGUUUGUUCAAGAUUCCUCCGGAACCCAGCAGACUCGAGAGCAUGCUCAUCCUCGGCCAAGUAGAUGCGUCUGCCAAAACGCUCGAGGAAGCGACCAGCGCCGGCCUCGUGAGGCUCUACGCAGCGCAGGCGCCAUCCUAG